ACCACAAUUUUAUUGUAUUUGCAAUACAAUUUCUAAGGCAAAAAGAAAAAAACACUUGCAACACUAAUCUUCUUUACAAUCUACCUUUGCAGGCAAAUUUAUCUCCUAUAACAAAAAUCUUAGGGAUAAUCUCUGUAAUUGCUGGCAGUAGAGUUGUUACAUUUGGAGGGCAAUCCAGACCGAGAAGGAGAAGGAGAAAAGUAGAGAGACAGGUGUAGACAAUUUUGGCCUUGAGGGUUUGGCGUGCUUUCCUUUUUUUGCUCUCUAUGUUUCUCCUAUAUAAAUAUAGGUUAUAAUCUGAUUAUCUCCGACCCUUUCUCAAGUUUUUUCCUCUCCCCCUUUUGUACCUCUCCAAUCACAGUGGUAUAAAUUUUUUCUUCUUGGGAUAGUAUUAAUGUUUAUACUGAAGGUUUCUUGAAUGCAAAUUCUUUUAGUGGGUAGUACAUUUGAUUAAUGUGUGGUGUGGAAGUAGAAGGGUUUGCUAGAACACCCACAAAGCCCAAUCAGUCAGGUUUGUCAAAAAGCUUAUGACUUUGCCCUUUAUGAACUUGCAUUAAAAAUUGAAGAUUUGGUGAUAUCUGGGUUUGAUCCUUUUGGUAAUUGUUGAAUCUUGAAUUGUUAUGUGGUGUAGAUAUAUGUUGGUUGGUUGGUUUGUUUUGUUUCUGCUAGGGUGUAUUGAGGUUAAAACAGGGAUAUCCUUUGUGAGAGUUUUGGGAUUUUAGUUUGAAAUUAAAGGGUCUCAUAAUUCAUGGACUUUUUGGGUUCUCAUUGUUCUUUGAUGUGAGUAUUCAGUGAUUGCUGGUAAAGCUAUCACCUUCUGGUUUUCCUAGGGUUUAUUGUGUGUUUUGAGGUGAAAGGGUUUAUGUGAAAUACAUUUGUUCCUUGAUCACUUGUCAGUUUCUUGCUGAUUCUUUGUUUCUCAGUUAGUGUUUGAAAGUUGCCCAUUUCUUCCUUUAUCAGUGGUGUAAGAAGUCCAGCUGUGAAGAUAAUUUGUGGGAGUCACAACUUUAGAUAUGAGCAGGAGGAUUCGGAGGAAAUUGACAAGGAGGGGACAGGAGAAGGUGGAUUACCUUGAGGUUGAUGAAAGUUUAACUUUGGAUGAGAGAGGGAUAGUUGAUUGGACUAAGUUGCCUAAUGAUACAGUAAUCCAGCUAUUUUCGUGUCUGAACUAUCGUGAUCGAGCAAGCAUGUCAUCCACCUGCCGCACUUGGAGGAAUUUAGGUGUAUCACCAUGCUUAUGGCAGGGUUUGGAUCUUCGUUCACAUAAGUGUGAUUCUGCUGCUGCUGUUUCUCUUGCCCCUAGGUGUAGGAAUCUUCAGAAACUUCGAUUUCGUGGUGCUGAAUCUGCGGAUGCAAUAAUACAGCUUCAGGCUAAGAGUUUGAAUGAGAUCAGUGGCGAUUACUGCCGCAAGAUUACAGAUGCUACAUUGUCUGUAAUUGCUGCCCGACACGAGUCACUUGAAAGUUUGCAACUUGGCCCUGAUUUUUGUGAAAGGAUAAGCAGCGAUGCGAUUAAAGCAAUAGCUAUUUGCUGUCCUCAACUCCGGAGACUUAGACUCUCUGGAAUUCGUGAAGUUGAUGGAGAUGCUAUCAAUGCAUUGGCUAGGAAUUGUAAGGGUUUGGUGGACAUUGGUCUCAUUGAUUGUCUCAACAUCGAUGAGGUGGCUUUGGGAAACGUUUUGUCUCUUCAAUUCCUAUCGGUUGCUGGGACAACUAAUAUGAAAUGGACUUUGGCUUUACAGAAUUGGAGUAAACUACCUAACCUGACGGGCUUAGAUGUUUCCAGAACAGAUAUAAUUCCUAAUGCUGCUUUAAGAUUGUUUUCAUCCUCACCAUGCUUAAAGAUCUUGUGUGCCUUAUAUUGCCCUGCUCUUGAGCAAGACGCGAACUUUGUUUCCAAUAACAAUCGCAGAGGUAAACUACUGCUUUCUUUUUUCACUGACAUUUUUAAAGAAGUAGCAUCACUAUUUGCCGAUACUACAAAUAAAGAGAGGAAUGUAUUUGUGGAGUGGAGAAAUUUAAAGACUAAGGGUAGAAAAAUGGAUGCUGUUAUGAAUUGGCUGGAAUGGAUCCUUUCCCAUUCACUUCUGCGUAUUGCUGAAAGCAAUCCUCAAGGAUUGGAUAAUUUUUGGCUUAGCCAGGGUGCCUAUCUGUUACUUUGUUUAAUGCGGAGCACUCAAGAGGAAGUUCAAGAAAGGGCAGCCACUGGCCUGGCAACUUUUGUUGUCAUUGAUGAUGAAAAUGCUAGUAUUCAUGGUGGAAGGGCUGAAGCAGUUAUGCGAGAUGGAGGCAUAGGUCUCCUGCUUAAUCUUGCAAGAUCUUGGCGGGAAGGGCUUCAGACAGAAGCUGCAAAGGCUAUUGCAAAUUUAUCUGUGAAUGCCAAUGUUGCAAAAGCAGUAGCAGAAGAAGGUGGGAUAAGCGUCCUAGCAAUUUUGGCGAAGUCUAUGAAUAGGUUGGCUGCAGAAGAGGCCGCUGGAGGACUAUGGAAUCUCUCAGUUGGGGAAGAGCAUAAGGCUGCCAUUGCUGAAGCUGGUGGUGUAAAAGCUUUGGUUGAUCUUAUCUUCAAAUGGUCCAUUAGUGGUGGCGAGGGAGUUCUGGAACGUGCUGCGGGUGCAUUAGCAAAUUUGGCGGCAGAUGACAAAUGUAGCAUGGAAGUAGCAGCAGUAGGUGGUGUACAUGCUUUAGUAAAGCUUGCUCAGGAAUGCAAAGCUGAAGGAGUUCAAGAGCAGGCUGCCCGGGCACUUGCAAAUCUUGCAGCUCAUGGAGAUAGCAAUAGUAACAAUGCAGCAGUUGGACAAGAGGCAGGAGCUCUUGAAGCACUUGUGCAACUUAUUCGAUCUCCUCAUGAUGGAGUCAGGCAAGAAGCUGCUGGAGCAUUAUGGAAUCUGUCAUUUGAUGACAGAAAUCGUGAAGCAAUUGCGGCAGCUGGUGGUGUUGAGGCUUUGGUUACUCUUGCACAGUCGUGCUCAAAUGCUUCUCCUGGCCUGCAAGAGAGGGCUGCUGGUGCUUUGUGGGGAUUGUCUGUAUCAGAAGCAAACAGUAUUGCCAUUGGACGAGAAGGAGGUGUGGCGCCACUUAUAGCACUUGCACGAUCUGAUGUUGAGGAUGUCCAUGAGACUGCAGCUGGGGCUCUCUGGAAUCUUGCUUUCAACCCUGGUAAUGCUUUCCGUAUAGUGGAGGAAGGGGGAGUUCCUGCCCUUGUUCAUCUUUGUUCGUCAUCUAUCUCAAAAAUGGCACGCUUUAUGGCUGCAUUGGCGUUGGCUUAUAUGUUUGAUGGAAGAAUGGAUGGAGUUGCACUUGUAUCUUCAGAAAGCAACUCUAAGAGUGUAAACUUAGAUGGAGCUCGAAGAAUGGCUUUAAAGAACAUUGAAGCUUUUAUUCUUGCAUUUUCUGAUCCACAAGCAUUUUCUGCUGCUGCUGCGUCAUCUGUCCCUGCAGCUUUGACUCAAGUUACAGAAUCAGCUCGUAUUCAUGAGGCAGGUCAUCUUAGGUGCAGUGGAGCUGAGAUCGGAAGAUUCGUUACAAUGUUACGUAAUUCGUCUUCUAUUCUCAAAGCAUGUGCUGCAUUUGCGCUUCUUCAGUUCACAAUCCCUGGUGGUCGUCAUGCACAACAUCAUGUCCGCCUAUUGCAGAACACUGGAGCAUCAAGGAUUUUGCGUGCUGCUGCUGCGGCAGCCACUGCCCCUAUUGAAGCCAAAAUCUUUGCUCGAAUCGUACUUCGGAACUUGGAGCACCAUCAAAUAGAAUCCUCAACUUAAGGCCUGGUGACUGCUAGUAGUAAUCCUAGGCCGUACUCAGCAAUAGUGAUAGGUAUCCAUAUACUCCCGUCAGUGACAUUGACAUUAAGCUGCCAGUUUGUGUUAGCAUACCAAAACUAACGGCGCUGGCUUUUGGGAAGAAGCAAAGGCUUCUUAUUUUUCUACCCAAACGUCUGCCUGUGUUGGGUUUCUCUUAGCUUCCUUUCUUGGGUACAUAGGCUGUGUGAUAUUUCCGCCCUUCUGUUAGUUAUUCUCGCUUGUCUGUUUGAGCUUAGGCUUGAUAGAUCUAUUGACAGUGUGUUAUAUAGUUCCGAAGUCCAGUUACUUUCGGAUUCUGUAUUUAAUUUACCUGGCAGAUGGUUUUAUACCUGUACAUUAUAUAGCUGCAGAGACGUCGGCAUGCUGACAAUUUCUGUACAAACCGUUUGAAAAAAUUUCUAUGAUAUACUUGUGUUUCUAA